UGCCAUAGGAGGAGCAGUGUUUGCGUGAUCGUCCUCUCGUGAAGUGCGUGUCCAUCGUUGUGUAAAAAUUUCUUCUUCUACGUUGUGUUUUUAGCAAAAAAAUUAUUAAAAUUAAAGAAAACUAUCCUUUACGUAUUAAAAUUUUCAAAAUGGUGCGUCAUUUUCAAUUUCCCAUUAUUAUUCAUCACUCGGCGUAAAAUUUCAUUAUUCUAUUGUGAUUUUUAAUCUCGAAGUGUCGCUGGUUCGAUUUUAGUUAUUUUAAUAGCAUUUUUACUGUGAUCGGUGUUUGUGUGUGCGGCUAAUUGUGAUUUAUCGUUAAGUGACCACGUAGUCGUGUUUUUUAAAUGUUUAUCGAGUGAAGAAAAAUUUUUAAGAUCAAAUUCGUGAAUUUUAUUGUGUGAUUUAUCGAGUAGUGUUGUGUUCGAAAAGUAAAGUUGUGAAUUUGUACGAGUAUUAGAUAUUCCAAGGAUUUAGUACGAAGAUUACGAGAUUUAUAAUCAGAUGUGUUCAACGUGGAUAUGAAAUAUUGCGCUGACGAAGAGAAUCGCGUGCAAAUUCACUUGUAUCUGUGCGACGAUAAUGUCACGAUUAAUGGUGAUUCGUAUUUUGGAUGAUUGUUGAACAUGAAACCAAAUCGAGAAUGAUGCCUGAAGUGGAUACUAUUGCCAGAAGAUUUUUUUAAAAAUGAUGAUCAUCUCCAGCGAUGGAUGUAAAUAGCGUUUUACAAAGUACGCGACAAUUCUUCCGAGGCAUUCCGUCCAGCAGUCCGGCAAGCGGAGAAUUGGCGCCUGGAGCGUCGGUAGGGUACAGUAGUCCGCCGGUAUCCUCUACUGCCACAUCAAUAGCCGCUCCUCCAUCAUCGGGAGCGGCCGCAGGAUACGGCGCGGCUAUUGUACCAUAUAACGGCGGUGGUCGUUUCGGACCAGUGUCUUCAGGACCUCCGCCACCAAGCACUUGGAGCACACAGCCCCCAACCAGCUCGCACAAUGCCUACCAACAUUUGGCCCCGGUCACGAACGGGCCUCGGUUCACGCAGAGUGUCGUCUCAGCGCCUUAUCAUCAUUUUUACGAACGAUCUCAGCAGAAAGCAUUGCCGUCGACGUCGAAUCCGUCUUAUGUGCCGCCGCAGCACGCUUACGCCAGUCCUUCGAUUACCAGGUUGAAAGAACAAGGCGUUAAUAAUCAAGGCAUGUUUAACAUGGAUUCGAUCGUAUGCCAGCCGAAUGCUAAUUACCCUUAUGGUAAAAAGAGCAAAGCCAAGUCAACGAUGGCUCCUUCAUCGGCCAACGUUUACAAGCAACCUACGCAGCUAGAAGAACAGCGAUAUUUUAAUCAUCAUCCGUCGCCCCCUACUCCGCAUCCUAUGCAUUCGCCUUCGACGGCCACCAGAGUACCGGCGGUCUUGCCUCAUCAUGCGGCUCUGCCAAGUCAUCAAAGGCCGCCGGAGAUGCCGCCGAUCAAUCAUCAGUCUUUUAGUCAUCAGUCGGUCAUCGAACAAAGAUAUCAGCAACAGGUCAGUUACCAUGCGAGCAGCGUAGUUCGGACGUCGACGUCGGAGAAAGUAACCAUCGGAGGCGGAGGUGGUGGCGCGAUCGCGAACCAACCACACGGCGGCGGCGUCGUCGCCAAUAACAAUACCAUCAGCAACAACAUUGCCAGCAAUGCUUCAGCCGGCAGCGAACCGGUUGACGUACGAUACUACGUAAACCGACGUAUCGAAACGACCGCUUUGCAAGCGUCGCCAGCCAUUACAAAGCGCGACUCGCCGCUCGACCUGUCAGUCAAGACAAUCCGGCAGUCUGCUGACUCGACGGCGCACGACGAUGCCGAAAGUAUGGCCGCCCUGUACAACCAUCACCAUCACCAUCAGCCGCAUCCGCAUGCGCAUCAUCCUCAUCAUCAUAUGCAACCAAACACUGCCCCAGCCGGUUACGCGCAACGCGAACAUGGUCCUCCGAUGCGGCCUCCUGGCGCACUUCCGGCCAGUCAUCUGGCCCAGUUACCGUACGCGGCUUCGGCGACUUCGGCCACAGCUGCCGUCUCGUUACCGAAUAUUCGCUCACAUUCCAGCUCGUCGUCGUCGUCAUCUGUGGCUGCUUCGGCGGCCGCGGCUGCGGCAGCCGCCGCAGCUGCAGCUGCUGCCGCGUUCAGCGUCACUCACCAGCGUGCGUCACAUUACCCUUCGCCAUCGCAGCUGCCUCCUAACGCUUCUCCGGUCGUUUACACGCCCGAAGUGGCGACUCCUUACUGGAAUGGGCAAAUGCAGGAGCACCACGAUAAAGCUGUAGCCUUCGCUCAUCCGCCAUUAUCGGAGUACCGGCGCGAAAAGACCACUUUUUCGGUAACCAUCGAGAAAGAACAGCAAAUACACCGGACUCAGGUUAACGCCGAAGUCAGCUCGAUGCGGUUCUCGUCGUCGCACCAGUUCUACCAACACCCGAACGACAUGGCCGCUGGUAAAUUGAAGACAUCGUCGUCGCCGUCUUCCUUACCACCUUACAGCAAUUUCGCCAGCUUGACCAAUGCUCAAACGAAACCACCUCUGCCAGCAAGUGCUCUUUCUCCGACACCUUCGCGCAAACGAAAAGCUGUCGAAGCUCCGGCGCCACCUCCUCCGCAAAUAAAGAAUCCUCGAGUAUCGCUCGGAUGGCGAGAUAACAUCAAUAAAGAAAUCGAGAACCGUCUGAAUGCUUACACGACGAUGAAAGCGCGCGAGCAGCAAGAACGAGAAGCAUCGAAAAGCGGCCCCAGCGCCGUUGCCAGCCCCAGCCCUAGCGAGAGUUACCGUGAUAUUGUGCCUUCGACGGUGGCAUCUCCGUCGCAGCAUUGCCGCCUGCCUCAGGCUACGCCUUCGCCUCAGCCGCCGGCAGUAGAUAGCGUCCUGAGGACGAAUUUAGAAAGAGAUCGCGAUCAUAGAUCUCCUAUCGGUGCCACCCCAUCACCACCUGCUGCUUCGUACGCAACAGCAACUAGUAAUACCAACACUCAGUACCUGCAGGAACAGCAAAAAGCUCAGCAUAAGUUGCCUGUGCUGCCGAUUCAUCCGUAUUCGCAGUGGUACUCUGGGCAGCAAAGAGCUCCGGCUAAUUCGGCCAUGCAAACGUUCAAGUCACCGAGAUCCGAUUCGCAUCCGGCGUAUCCGAAUCAUCACGCUGUUAAAUUUAGUAAAACUAGCUUCGAAACCAGAGAUCUUAAAGUUAUCGAGAAAGUCGAACUGAAGCACGAACAAACUCCUUUGCCACCUUUCCAAGCUUUCUCGACGAUACAAAACGCCAACUCGUCUAAUAACGCCCAGUUCAUGAAUGAACGAAAGCGCAAGAGCGAAGGUGUUGAUGUUGCUGUUGCUACGAACGAUAAGUUCGAAGUGAUGGAAAAUGUCGCUGAUAAGAAGACGGACGAUGAAGAUGGUCAGUCUCGUGCGGCUUUGAUGGCUUCGGCUUUGGCUCAUCCGAGGAUUAGGACGAAGGCUGAAUUGAAACAGGUCACACCUGUGGAUAAAUCGAAAGAUAAGGUGAACGCGGAAACAAACACGACCGUUGUUAAGUUACCAGAAGCUCAAAGCAACAAGAAAUCUAGAUCUCAUUUCGAAUCCGGUCCGAAAUUAUUCGCCAAUGCCAAAGGAUUCAGUAGUUCAGAUUCGCAUCAUGUCAAUAAUACUCGAACAUCGUCGAGUAAUUUCGAUCCGGAAGGUGAUCUUUUAUCUCCAGAGUCGCCGUCAAAUCUGGUCAUUGAUUUGGGCAAACAAUUCUCACCUCGUAAAAGAUUGCUCAGCAGAAGUGAACGGAACGGUAUUAAUGUGCAUCGAAGCUCAUCGGAAACUACGGUCUUCGAUUUCAGAAGCAGCGAUUCCGAAGACGAAAGCAACGUCGCCGAUGUGCAUAGCUUGAACGAUAUGCGAAAGGAUAGAAAAACGCGUACACCACCUUCGGGUACCGUUACGCCGCCGACCGUUAUCGACCAACUGAACGACGAUUUCUCGAUGGACGAUUCGAAAUGGCUAGAAGCGUGCGACGAGCUCAUCCAGCAGUUCAGUAACGGUGGCCAAAAGAAACGAGGUCGUAAGAAGAAACCAGCCCCUAAACUAUCGACCACCGAAGAAGAUCCACCAGCUCCCUCGCUGCUUCCACCUCCUCCUCCAGCCCCACCAGCCAUACCACCUGCCCUAUCUGUUUCUAAAAUGGACACCGACUCGAGCAGCGACUCGGACGACGAUAAACCAUUAAUACGCAGCAAAAUUAAAAAAGAAGUCAUUUACGACGAGUCCGAUGAUGAUGACGACAACGCUCCUCUUAAACCUGCACCGAUUCCAGUCGCUCAUAGGAUUAAAAAAGAACAAAUCGAAGAAGACGAUCGAGAUUCGUCUAAAAGCGAAGACGAUAAACAAGAGUCCGAAGAAGAAGACGACGAUGAAGAAGUCGAGGAUGAUGAUGAUGAUGAAGACGAAGAAGACGAGGAGGAGGAGGACGAAGAAAGUGACCAGUCUACCGAUUCCGAUAGCAGUUACGAGGCAGUCAGGAGGAAAUCUUUGAAAGAUACCAGAGGCAGAAGGAAGCUUAAUGGGGCGAUCGAGACGAGAGACCAGCGUAGCAAUAUCGGUACAACUCGAAUACGAAUACAAAACUCGCUAGAGGAUAGCUCGGCUGCUGAAAGCUCCGACACAGAUGACAGCUACAAAGCUCCGAUCAAAAAGACACCCUCGAAGAAAGCCAAAGUCGUGAUGAAGAAAAAGAAGAAGAAAGUACCCCCUAAGAAGAAGAUAAUCACUCGCAAGAAGGGUAAAAACAUCGACCCGAAGCGUGAAAAAGUACGUCACCGAAUGCUGAGGCGAAUGGAAACUCGUAAAUCUCGUCUGGAUGCUUUGAAAGCCACCACCAAAUCAGGCCAGAAGACUCGCAGCGAUAGCACCACUUCCGAAGAACAACAGCCCAUCAUGACACGUAAGAUGACCAGACAAGAAUGCCAAAGAGAAAAAUCACGACUGGAAGAACAGCGCAAUAAGAAACCCGCGAUUAAAAAACCCAUCGUGGAUGAGAAAUCCAAAUCGAAAGAUAAAUCCUCCCCCGACAAUAAACCAGAAGAUAAAUCUAAAUCGAAAUUGGAUCGUUCGAAAGAUGACAAUAAAUCGACCAAAGACAACAAGUGCAAAAAAGACAAACCAGAAGAGAAACCCAAACCGAAGUUGAAACCGAACGAGAAAUUCAAAUCGAAAAAAGACGACGGUAAAAUCAAAUCGAAAGAUAAGUCUUCGGACGACUCCAGUCAAAAAACCACUCCAGCUAAAUCCAGCGAUGACAAAACACCCUCUAAAUCUUCUACCAAAGACACGCCGACCAAACAAUCCAUCAAAACCGAACCGAAAACAUCUCCUGUAUCGAGUAAAAAAGACAAAAACGCUGAAAAAAGCUCCUCCAAACAGAGCGACAAAAACAAAAAACCAGUAAUCAAAACCGAGCCCAAAGAUCAACCAGUCGAAGACGUCACCAGACGCAGUCUGCGAUCCAGAAAUAUCGUAGUCGACGAAAAAAACUCUUCACCGGCGAAAAAACCAUCGCCAAAAAAGUCCGAAUUAGCCAAAACAAAAUCGCCUCUCAAGUCAAAAAACGAGGAGCGCAAAAAACCGCCCCCAGCUCCACCACCUCCCGAUAUAAAACCGCCAAAACCGCCAACGUGGGAAGAAGAACUAUUUAAUUACAAGUAUUCGCUGAGAAUGCCCGUUAAACUAAUCAACAUAGCGAAACCUCCCAAUUGGCCGAAGAAUAACGGAGGAGCUAGCUCUUUACCUGAUCUGGAUCGUAGCGAAUCCGAUUCAGAUUUAUUGAACGAUUGCCCCAAAGAAUCCAAAACGUCGCCGAAGAAACGUAACAAAGACGAAUCCAAAGUAUCCAACACCAAAGAAUUCAAAGACAGUGUGAAAGUGCUCAAGGAGAAAUUCGAUAAGAAGAUCGAAGAACACAAGAAGAUCGAAGAGGAGCAUAAGGUUACCAGCCUUACUCAGCUCAUGAUCGAGAAUAAAAUCAAAAUAAUACCCAAGUCGUCCGAUGGGCCCGAACUUCUGCCUACUCCUAGUUUGGAUAGUUUGAAGACCAAGUUGAAUAGUAAAAAUGAUCCGGCUAGGAAGAAUAACUCGAGGAAAUCGAAAGAUUCAGCCAAGACGGAUGACGAUGAGAAGGAGGAUAUUGUCGAGGAUUCGUUGAUCGGAUAUUUCCGCAAAGAAACGGUGGACGUGUUCAAGGAAGUAUUCGAAAAACACCAGGUCGCCAAUCAAUUCAAAACUGUGAUCUUGGAAUCUCGUACGCGAACGCAAACGAAAGAAAUGAAGCACAACGCGACUCUAAAACAAGUGUUCGGCUGUGACAGACCAGCUUCAGCGCCUCCCGUCAGCGACACGACUAUCGAGGACGACGACGUAAUACGGGAUAAAAAAGUUAAAAAUUCAACCAACGGAUGUCUAAAAGGGUGGCACAAAAGUUUCGCCAAGUUGAAAUUAUUAAUGGAGGAAGAAAAGCGUCGCGGAGACGAGAAGAACGGCUGCAAAGAUUUCGAAGAUACGGUGGAUUUCGUGUAUAGAGACGCGGCGUCUUUUACCAACGACGACGCUGCCAGCGUCGCAGUCGCCGUCGCCGCCGUCGAAAACUGCAAACAUAAUAACGAAACUGAAAUUGAAAACGUCGUGAAAAGAAAAAGCAGAUCGUUUCGAAGGAAAUGUCGUUCGUCCGGCUUCGAUUACAUUCGCAAGAAGAAGAAACAGAAGAAAGAAGAUGACGACGAAAUCGACGACAAAGAACGUAAAAAGCCUGUAGCCCCUAUCCGACCAACUCCGGAAUCUAUCGAGGAUAUUCAGAAUGAAAUCAAGUCAUGGGUGGUCAAUAAAGGAAUCGGAGAGACUGUGUUACAUAAAGCUGCCAGAUUGGGAUAUUCGGAUAUCAGUUCGUAUUGCUUGGAAAAGAUGAAUUGCACCCCAUCUCCUACAGAUAACGCCGGAUACACUCCUUUACACGAGGCUUGCACCAGAGGUCACCUAAAAAUAGCCAAAAUGUUGCUCAAAUACGGAGCUGACGUCAGUGCCAGUGCCAAAGGCGGAAUCAGACCGUUACACGAGGCUGUGGAACAUGGUAACGUGGAAUUGGUACGAUUGCUUCUGGCCUACGGAGCCGAUCCUCUGCUUUCAACUUACGCAGGCCAGACACCCUUAUCGCUAGUCAAAGAUGAGCAAGAUGAUUUGAGGGAGUUUCUCAUGCUGUAUUUGGCUGAUAUUCAAGGCAGAACGUCGAAACCUUGGCCUUUCUUAGGAUACAACAAUAUUGACGAAGAAAACUGCGGCUACGAACCGUUAACCGAUUGCCCUCCGUCUUCGUCACCCGAUCACGUGACCAGUCUCGAAUUCGAAAUCAGCGAUACCCCGUUACCCACCUUAUACCGGUUCAAAAACGAACCCGAAUUAUGGAUGCUGUGCUCCGAUCUACCCGCAAAGAUACGAGACUCGAUCACUAAAAAGAACCAACAACAGCAACAAGAUCACGACUCGAACUCAGCAUCUCACUACGUCACCAAAAAACUCACUCGAGCCGAAUUCGAAGAAAACGUCGAAUACGCUUCCUUCUUAGAUAAUAAAUUUUCGCCCAAGACGAGCAAAUCUAAGACCAUCCAGUACACAAUGGUCAAAUACAACGAUAAAUUACUAGCUGCCUUGAAUAUACAAAAAUUAACCAUGUCGUUCAGUUGACCUUAGAUUUUUUAAUCUAUAAAAAUAUUCACACUCCAUCCUCCCCCCACCCUUCCUUCUUUGUUAAAAUACCUAGAGUAUAUUUUAUUUUUUUUUUAGCCAAAUUUUUUAAUACUUUUAUUCUACUAUGAACCGGUCGAGCCGGAGGGUUUUAAGAGUAAAUUUUUACGAAUUUUAACUUUGCUCAAUAAUUUCUCGCCGAAAGGGACUUCCUCAUUGAUUUUUUUGUGGAAUCGAAAGACUGAUUGUUGUGUAAAGGUCGUAAUAAUUAAUUAACAAUUUUUUUCCUUUUACUUUUUCUUCUUUGAUAGAAAAUUUUAUACAAUUUGGUAGCUCGUGUGUGGUUUUUUUCUUCGAAAAGAAAGCAGUGUUACCAAUUCCGAUAAAUAACGGGUUUUCCAAAUUUAGAACAAAUUAUGUCUCGAUGAGUGAUUAAUUAAAUCUAGUUAAUUAGUUGUUUUUUUUUCGCGUUGAGAAUCGCUCUUAAGACAUGGAUUUUAUUAAGCUAAUUGAUUUUUUUUUAUUUUUAAUUUUUUUUAAAUGUUUGUAUAUAAAAGUUACGUUUUGAUUGUGUAUCUAUUAUUGUUGAAUUGAGUUUAUUUUUUUUUUUUUUGUAUAAAAUGUAAAUAAUUUACAUUUUUUUUAAAGAUUAAAUUUACUCGAGUAGGAUUGUAGUUUUUAGGUACCCUUUUGAUAAGGGUUUUUGUUUUAUUAUUUUUUUUUUAAAUAAUUUUUAAUUUUUUUUAAAAUUUGUGUUAACUGUGAUCUCUUUUUUUUUCUUAUUUUAUAAAGUACACGCAAAAAAUUGCCGCAGUGUAACAUUCCUUUCUUUUUUUUUCGUUUUGAAAAUGAAUUUUUGAUCGAUCAUGUAAUUGUAAAUACACUAUUUUUUUUUUCAUUGUAUUUAUAAUGACUGAUCUCAAUACCUGUUUUUGAAAAAUGUUCCAUUUCUGUUUUUUUCUUGUUUUUACAGUGUCAGUAAUAUUUUUUUUUGGCAGAUUUGAUUUUUUAAUUACCACAAUAUACCUAUAUUUUAAAAGGUGCUAUGCUUGCAAUACUUUUCACUUGUACUGUAUUUUUAUUUAAUUUUCUCUCUAUAUUUUCUUCUUUUUUCUCUUUUUUUUUGUUUUAAAUAUGUUUGUGUGUUUUUUUGUAUAAUUGAAGCUUUUUUCUCUUGUGAAUUUGUAUUUGUGCAAUUUGUUGUAAAUUGUAAAACCGUGUGCAAUUUUUUUUUUUCGUUUGUGUAUUUAUUAUGUUUUUUCUUUUUUUUUCUAAUGGUUAAGAAUUUGUUUAUGUAUUAACAAGAAUAUAUUGUUUUUAAAUAA